AAGCAAGAGCCCAAACCCUUGUAUGCUUCAGUGGUACACGCUUACUACCUCCCUCCCUUGGCGCCUCCAUUUUUCUUCUUCUUCUCUUUUGCCCUGAAAUUCACACAGUUCGAGUUCCAAGCUACAAAACGCUGCGUUUCGUUUCACUGAGCACCGAACGAUGAAGGGAGGACAAAGCUAUGUCUCGUGUUCUCCAUCUUUCUCCAACUCCGGCGACCGUCUUCUAGUCGGCUCCGGCACCUCCGUCGCUAUCUUCUCCACCACCACCGCCUUACAAGUUUCCUCCCUUGACGGUCACACCGAUACUGUCACCUCCGUCAUCGUCGUCCCCGGUUCAAACAUUGUUACCUACUGUUGGACCUCUUCCCUCGACGGCACCAUUCGCCAUUGGGAUUUCUCCCUUCUCAAAUGCAUCAAAAUAAUUGAUCUAAAACUUCCCAUUUUCUCCAUGGUGAUACCUUCGUUAUUGUCACCGGAAGAAGAAAUCAGUGAAAAGAAGCAUUUUGCGUAUGUGUGUAUGCAAACUGGAAAUGAGAAAGAUAAUAGACCUAAACUUUGUUCUGCACAGAUUAGAAAGUGUAAUUUGACAGAUUUUCACAAGCUUUCCACAAUUACUUUGAAAGAGACUAAAAAGCCUCACCCUUUGAUCGUUAGUCCAUGUGGGAAAUUUCUGGGCAUAAAGGAAAAACGCACGCUUCAUAUAUGGAAAGUUCCUAAAGUGGACUCUAAUUCUGCUGUCUCAAAGAAGAUUUCCCUGCAUCAUACAAAAACCUUUUCCGUUCUUGCAUUCCAUCCAACUGAGAGGAUUGUGGCUGCGGGCGAUGUAACUGGAAGAAUUUUAAUUUUUAGAGGAUUUGGUGCUAAGAACUUUCAGGAAAAUGAUGUGCUGUUGAACAGAACAUCAAUGACUGAUGAGGAAUGUAAGCCUGGGGUAAGGCAAAAUGAUGAUGCCGAAUCAUGUUCCACAUGGCAUUGGCACUCUGAUGCAGUGAAUCUUUUAUCCUUUUCUUCAGAUGGAGUCUAUUUGUAUUCAGGUGGGAAGGAAGGAGUUCUCGUGCUUUGGCAGCUAGACACCGGAAAGAAGAAAUUUUUACCAAGAAUUGGAUCUCCGCUUCGGUAUUUUGUAGAUUCUCUAGAUCCUUCAUUUGCCUCGAUAUCUUGUGCAGAUAACCAAAUUCAUAUAUUAAAGAUCUCUUCUGUGGAGAUAAUGAGGUCUAUUUCAGGGAUCAAGCCUCCUUUGUCUUCUCAAGAAACAUGUGAAAGUAUUUCUAGCCAAGCUGCCUUUGACCGCUCUUCUGGUUUAGUGGCUGUCCAAACAGAUAAUUAUGGCAUCCAAUUCUACAGCUUGUUUGCUAAUCGUGGACUUUAUGAGGUGCAAGUAUGUGAAAGAAAUUAUCAACCAGUUGACGAGGUCACGGUAGUAGUGACCAUGGUGGAGUUGUCUACUGACGGCUCUAUGAUGGGUACCGUAGAAGUCAAGCUUCCUGAAGAAGGAAUAGGAGGUCUUAUUUGUUUGAAAUUCUGGGAUUUGGAUUCAGAUACCAAAAGAUUUUCAAUGUCCACCCUUGUUUAUGAACCUCACAGGGAUGCUCAUAUUUCCGCUAUUACGUUUCAUCCGACCUGUCGUAUGGCUGUCAGCACAUCUUAUGGUGGAGAUUUCAAGAUAUGGGUUUGCAGGGAAGAAACUCAGCAGAAAGACCAGACGCAUCGGAAUUUUAGUUGGAUGUGCCAUGCUGUUGGGUCAUAUAAAAAUAAAGCAAUGAGAGCUGCUGCUUUUUCAGCAGAUGGUUCUGUGCUUGCGGUUGCAGCUGACACUGUUAUUACAUUGUGGGACCAUGACAAGAAUGAGCUCAUUGCUGUUGUAGGAGAGACUCCAUCGCCAAUUGGGAGGCUCAUCUUUGUUGGAAAUUCAGAGUAUCUUCUUUCCGUAUCUUAUGGUUCUACACCACAGCUGUCUGUUUGGAGUAUGUCAAAGUUAGCUGCAUCUUGGUCAUAUAGGAUUCAAAUAGAAGCUGUUUCAUGUGCAUUAGAUUUAUCAUAUUUUGCUAUCAUUGCUCUCAUUCCCAAAUCAAAGGAACGUCUAUUUAAAGGUGAUGGAAUAAUCUUAGUAUUCAACGCAACAGAUCCUAUUCCAGUGGCUUCCUGGUCUGUAACGAAGGCCAAGGGAGGGAGCAUUGCUUUUAUUAAAGGAAAAACAUCACAAACACUGCUUGCAUAUUUAAAUGGAGAUCGUGAAUAUGUUCUCUUUGAUCCAUAUGACAAGGAAGCACAUGAACUUAAUAUGACUAUGGAGGAUGAUCUUGUUGGGCUUGAAGAAAAUGGACAAUUUGGAUAUACAUCAAUUUAUCCAGAGUUACCUGCGUUUGAAUUAAAAAGGAACAAGACAUCAUCAGUUUUCUCUGGUGUAUCAAAUAGGCCUUGGGAAACCAUAUUUAGUGGGUCAUCACAUAUGUUGCCACCCCUCACGAAAUUGUGUUCUGAAUUUAUGGAGUCUCUGAUGGAGAAAAGGACAUCGAUGGUAGAAUGACAUACUACAUGCAUGGAUCCGUUGUUGUAGGAUAUUUGUUUCUUUGGUGCCACUUACACUUAAUUCAACAGAGCAGAAGAGUCAUAAGGAUUGGGCUUGAAGUUGAGAUGUUCCCUAUGAGACAUGUGUAAACCCUACCAACUAGCUGCUGCAGGUUGGCAUGACACUUGAUGGGAACUGUUUGUAUGGUUAGCAUAUGUAGAAAGAGUUUGGAAAACUAAAGAUUUCAGCUUUAGAUGGUUAGUUAAGACUGCCUAGUGUACCAGAGAGGUCCCCCCCCACUCCAAAAGAAUUUCGCUAGUUAUUUUUAGUUAUAUAUAUUCUUAGUUAUCCCCUUGGAUGAAAUUUUUGAUAGUAACAAAUGUGGUUUGACUUCAGUGUGUUUUAAAAUGAUAAGCUUGCAGUGUAGCAAUUUUGUAGGCUUGUCGUACUGUGACUGAGUCUAGACAGUUAGUUGGGAAUGCUAUGGAAGAUACAGUUCGUGUAACAGUAUUGUCAAUUGUGAUUUAUAUGCCAAUUCAUUGUUUGUUGCAUUCUAUA